GCGCCAGUAGACAUAAAAACCGCGGAGCUCUGACUGACGCGGUGGCUUCUGUCUGUGUCUGGCGUCGGAUCCUCCCAAAAAACAUCCACAUCCACUUUCACAUUACCGGCGAGCACAGAGCCGGGUCCUCGGCCACUUUCACCCCUAAGGACCUGCAUGUCUGAUCUUUAGACAUGUUCAGAUUAGCGGAUUCACGGACUCUCCUGCUACUUGUAGCAACGCAUUGCGUUUUGGUAACCCUUGUGAGAUGUCAACAAGAAGAUGACCAAGAAGAGUUAGGCGGUUGCAUCCAAGAUGGGCAGCAGUAUGCAGACCGUGCUGUAUGGAAGCCAGAAGCGUGCCGCGUCUGUGUGUGUGACUCAGGCUCGGUACUGUGUGACGAAGUUAUCUGUGAAGACUUGACCGACUGUGCCAAUCCCGUCAUUUCACCCGGAGAGUGCUGUCCCAUCUGCCCAGCUGAAACCGACGAGCCUAUCGGGUCGAUUGGUGGAAAGGGACAGAAAGGAGAACCAGGCGAUAUUGCAGAUGUUGUAGGACCAAGAGGACCUGCUGGCCCAAUGGGACCUCCAGGAGAACAGGGACAACGUGGUGAGAAAGGACCUAAGGGAGAUAAGGGAAAUGUCGGACCUAGAGGAAGAGAUGGCGAACCUGGUACACCUGGUAACCCAGGACCCCCUGGACCACCCGGGCCACCAGGACCUAAUGGUCCAGUUGGACUUGGAGGAAACUUUGCUGCUCAGAUGUCUGGUGGAUUUGAUGAGAAGUCCGGGGGUGCUAAUUUGGGUGUGAUGCAGGGACCAAUGGGUCCAAUGGGCCCCCGUGGACCUCCUGGCCCCUCUGGAGCACCUGGCCCACAAGGUUUCCCUGGCAACCCUGGAGAGACUGGCGAACCCGGCCCUGCUGGUGCCCUUGGACCCCGUGGACCAGCUGGACCACCUGGAAAACCUGGAAGCGAUGGUGAAUCUGGUAAGCCUGGUAAAUCUGGUGAGCGUGGACCUACAGGACCUCAGGGAGCUCGUGGAUUCCCUGGAACUCCCGGCCUUCCUGGCAUCAAGGGACACAGAGGACACCCAGGUCUUGAUGGAGCUAAAGGAGAGAGUGGAGCUGCAGGUGCUAAGGGUGAAACAGGUUCUGCCGGUGAGAAUGGUUCUCCUGGACCAAUGGGUCCACGUGGUCUGCCCGGUGAGAGGGGUCGUUCUGGAGCCCCUGGUUCUGCUGGUGCCCGUGGUAAUGAUGGUCUGCCUGGUCCUGCUGGUCCUCCUGGCCCUGUUGGUACAGCUGGUGCUCCAGGUUUCCCAGGAUCCCCUGGUUCCAAGGGAGAAGCUGGUCCCACUGGAGCUCGCGGACCCGAGGGUGCACAAGGACAACGUGGAGAGGCUGGUGCACCUGGAUCACCUGGACCCGCUGGUGCUUCUGGUAACCCCGGUACUGAUGGUAUUCCAGGAGCCAAAGGGUCUGCUGGAGCCGCUGGUAUUGCAGGUGCACCAGGUUUCCCAGGACCACGUGGCCCACCAGGACCUCAAGGAGCCACCGGACCUCUUGGGCCUAAAGGCCAAUCUGGAGAUCCUGGCAUCCCAGGAUUUAAAGGCGAGUCUGGACCCAAGGGAGAGCGUGGUGUUGCUGGACCUCAAGGUGCUCCUGGGCCCUCAGGAGAGGAAGGCAAGAGAGGUCCCAGAGGAGAACCUGGAUCUGCUGGACCUCUUGGACCUCCUGGAGAAAGAGGAGCUCCAGGUAACCGUGGAUUCCCUGGUCAGGAUGGUCUAGCUGGAGCAAAGGGUGCACCUGGUGACCGUGGUGUUCCUGGUGUGACCGGACCAAAAGGUUCAACCGGAGAUCCUGGCCGCACAGGCGAGCCUGGUCUUCCUGGAGCUAGAGGUCUCACUGGACGUCCUGGUGAUGCUGGAGCCCAAGGAAAAGUUGGACCAACUGGAGCCCCUGGUGAAGAUGGACGACCUGGUCCUCCUGGACCUCUGGGAGCUCGCGGUCAGCCCGGUGUGAUGGGUUUCCCUGGUCCCAAAGGAUCUAAUGGUGAACCUGGAAAACCUGGAGAAAAAGGUCUUAUUGGACGCACUGGUCUUAGAGGUUUGCCUGGUAAAGAUGGAGAGACUGGACCUACUGGUCCACCUGGUCCUGCUGGUGUUGCUGGUGAGAGAGGAGAGCAGGGUCAGCCUGGUCCUUCUGGCUUCCAGGGUCUGCCAGGUCCCACAGGGGCACCCGGAGAGCCCGGUAAACCAGGUGACCAGGGUCUUCCUGGAGAGGGUGGAGCUGUAGGCGCUGUUGGACCAAGAGGUGAACGUGGUUUCCCUGGUGAGAGAGGAGGUGCUGGCCCUCAAGGUCUUCAGGGACCCAGGGGACUUCCAGGAACACCCGGAACUGAUGGACCUAAGGGUGCAAUUGGACCAGCUGGAGCUUCCGGUGCUCAGGGUCCUCCUGGUCUCCAGGGAAUGCCUGGUGAGAGAGGAACAGUUGGUAUCCCUGGAGCUAAAGGUGACAGAGGUGACAGUGGAGAGAAAGGACCUGAAGGUGCUCCCGGCAAAGAUGGCACAAGAGGCUUGACUGGUCCUAUUGGUCCACCUGGUCCUUCUGGUCCCAAUGGUGCAAAGGGUGAAACUGGUGGUAUUGGCCCAAUUGGUUCUCCUGGUUCUCGUGGCGCUCCUGGUGACCGUGGUGAGGUUGGUCCACCUGGACCUGCUGGAUUUGCCGGACCUCCUGGUGCUGAUGGCCAGCCUGGACUGAAGGGAGAGCAUGGUGAGUCAGGACAGAAAGGUGAUGCUGGAUCUCCCGGACCUCAGGGACCAUCAGGAGCACCUGGUCCAGUAGGCCCAACUGGUAUUACAGGACCUAAAGGAGCACGUGGAGCCCAAGGAGCCCCUGGUGCCACUGGUUUCCCAGGAGCUGCAGGAAGAGUUGGACCACCUGGCCCCAAUGGUAACCCUGGUGGUGUUGGUCCAGCAGGUCCUGCUGGUAAGGAUGGUCCUAAGGGAGUUCGCGGUGAUGCUGGUCCACCUGGAAGACCUGGAGAUGCUGGACUGCGUGGACCUCCUGGUCUGUCUGGAGAGAAGGGAGCGCCUGGAGAGGAUGGUCGUCUUGGUCCUGAUGGUCCUCCUGGUCCUUCUGGUCUUGCUGGUCAGCGUGGUAUUGUUGGUCUACCUGGUCAGCGUGGUGAAAGAGGUUUCCCAGGACUUCCAGGACCCUCUGGUGAGCCUGGCAAACAGGGAGCUUCUGGUUCCAGUGGUGACCGUGGACCUCCUGGUCCUGUCGGACCCCCUGGAAUUACUGGACCUGCUGGAGAACCUGGACGUGAGGGUAAUACUGGAGCUGAUGGUCCACCUGGUAGAGAUGGGGCUGCCGGUGCGAAGGGUGAGCGUGGUAACACUGGCCCAGUAGGUGCUCCUGGAGCUCCUGGCGCCCCUGGUGCUCCUGGUUCCGUUGGCCCAAUCGGAAAGCAGGGAGACAGAGGAGAGAAUGGACCUCAAGGACCCGCUGGAGCCCCAGGACCUGCUGGAGCUAGAGGCAUGGUUGGACCCCAAGGACCUCGUGGUGAUAAGGGUGAGGCAGGAGAAGUUGGAGAAAGAGGAUUGAAAGGACACAGAGGAUUCACUGGUCUGCAGGGUCUUCCUGGACCUCCUGGUUCUUCUGGAGACCAGGGGCCUGCUGGACCUGCUGGACCAAGUGGCGCUAAGGGACCUGCUGGACCUGCUGGACCAUCUGGUAAGGAUGGUGCUAAUGGUCAGCCGGGACCUAUUGGACCACCUGGACCUCGUGGACGUUCUGGAGAAUCUGGCCCUGCUGGUCCCCCUGGUAACCCCGGACCCCCUGGUCUUCCCGGACCCCCAGGCCCUGGCAUUGACAUGUCUGCCUUUGCUGGCUUGGGCCAUACCGAAAAGGGACCUGAUCCCCUGCGAUACAUGCGUGCUGACGAGGCUUCCAGCUCUCUUAGAAACCAUGAUGUAGAAGUGGAUGCCACCCUGAAGUCUAUCAACAACCAGAUGGAGGGCAUCCGCAGCCCUGAUGGCUCCCGCAAGAACCCUGCACGUAGCUGCCGAGACCUGAAGCUUUGCUACCCUGAAUUGAAGAGCGGUGAUUACUGGGUAGAUCCCAAUCUUGGUAGCACUGCUGAUGCCAUCAAAGUUUACUGCAACUUGGAGACCGGUGAGACCUGCGUGAAGCCCAGCACUCCCAAAAUCCCACGCAAGAACUGGUGGAGCAGCAAGAGCAAGACGAAUAAGCACGUUUGGUUCGGCGAGAGCAUGAACGGCGGAUUCCACUUCAGUUAUGCUGAAAAUGGCCAGACUACCACCGCCAUCAUCCAGAUGAACUUCCUGAGGCUGCUGUCUACCGAGGCCACUCAGACCAUCACCUACCACUGCAAGAACAGCAUUGCUUACAUGGACCAAGCCACAGGCAACCUUAAGAAGGCUCUUCUGCUGCAGGGAUCCAACGAUGUGGAGAUCAGAGCAGAGGGCAACAGCCGCUUUACCUAUGGCGUGCUGGAGGAUGGCUGCAAGAAGCACACAGGUCAGUGGGCCAAGACUGUGAUCGAGUACAAAACUCAGAAGACAUCCAGGCUGCCCAUCGUGGACAUUGCUCCUAUGGACAUCGGAGGAGAGAAUCAGGAGUUUGGAGUGGACAUUGGUGCAGUCUGCUUCUUGUAAAGCAAAUAAAACAUAUGUGGAUUAUGAGAUAAGACAUGGAAGAAUACCAAUGAGGAGCAAUAACUGUGAGGAUGCAAUACACAUUCCAAAUCAUGAAAUAUGGAAGAAAUUAUUUUUUUCUCUAAAACGCAAAAAGUUGUGCUGUCCAUGUUUAGCGCCCAGGAAACCCGCGCUAAACAGGAUUGUCCCAAAUGGUCCCUCCCUCUGAAAUCCAGCCAUGUUUCCCACGAGCCCUCAGUGCCUCCUCCUGAUGGGAGCCAAGAGGGGGACGAAACGAGCAAGAGAUGAAACAAAAGACUGAAACAUGGCUUGAUGUCAUCACAUUUUGCAGGGGUGGGCGGGUGAUGCUGUACAGCGUUAUGGCUGGAUACCACAGUAGCCCUCCCGCUAAAGAAGAAGGCCACGCCCAGUUCCACUUCACCCCUCCCUCUGCCUCUUGACUGUGACUCAGAAGAAACAUCACACUAUGCAAGAUUUUGUGAAUGUUAAACCUGAGGAGGGAAUAAGUUAAUAUUUACUGUGUAUAAUAACAAAAAUCUCGAUUCAGUUGUUGUAAAAGUCUGUAUUGAAGCAGCCAGAUUUAUAUAUUUUCACAAUUAUAUGUGUUUGUGUGUAAGCAUGUGCCUAUUCACACCAACAUUAUUUUGGGGGAAGUGCAGUUUCAUUUCUUUUUUCUUUCUUUUUUCCUUAUUCUGUACCUCGGUAUUCUUCCCUUGGUUGCCCAAAAAAGUAAGUUUUGGACCCUAAGAGCAAACGAAAAAAAAUCUAAUAAAUUUGGAAACGAUUUCUAUUUUUGUUUAAUUGCAUGAUCUUUUUAAAGAAAAGCUACCUCACACAGGAAAAACGGAAGUUAAAAUCUGGAUUUGAACAGAAGCAGCCUGGGGUUCGAAAAUUGUCAGGAUAAUGCCCCGGCAUUGCUCAGUCCAUCUUCAGAAGGUGCUAUUAGUUUCCAUCUCUUAGACAGUAUUCCCAGACCAUCCCACUCCCUAACUAGCCUCAUUCGACACACACAGCCUGCUCAGAGGAUGCGGAAUCACACGGGAUUAACAAAAGACAGAGGGACUCUUUUGGGAUUGCCGGAAUUUUGCUCCCAAAGCAUUUCCGUAGCACUGAGCAGGAUGUGUGUGUGUGUGAGGGUGUGUAUAUUUUUGUUAUAUUAAUAUUAUUAUGAUCUUUUUGUUUGUUCUCUCUUUUUGGUUCUGGUUUUGUUACGAUUUUAAUUAAUGUAAAUUGAAAAUAAAGGAAGA